UAAUGUAAACAGACUGCUGUGAAAUGUUACAAGCAUAAAUCCUGGCAUCUUAUCAAUCAGAACACAGUGAGCUAUAUAUACAUACAUACAUAUAGUAGGAGACGGUGAUAAACAAAGAACGCCGCGCAUAUAAUUUAUAAGUAGGUAAACAUGGAUGCUGGCGUAUGAAUUCGCAUGAGUCAGAUGUAAAUAUUUAUAAUCAAAGAUAAGGAUUAUACUUUUCGGAUAAAAGAUAACAACAAUGGAUGCCGAUAUUUACAAAGCCGUGCAGACGAACGAUCCAACAGAAUUGUUACAGUUGAUAAACUCAGGAGGUGACGUUAAUACGAUAUAUCAGGAUUUAAGUUUGAUCUCCACCAAGUCAAUUCUCCACAUUGGCUGUGAGAAAGGGAGAAUUGACUGUGUAAAAGUACUCAUUCAGAAAGGAGCGAACCUGGCGGCACGUGACUCCUGGUAUCAGACACCUCUCAUGUAUUGUAUGAUCACCCAAUGGUAUGAAAUAGCUGAAAUAUUACUCGAUCAGGAUCAAGACAUUAUUGACAUCGGGGAUAUGUAUGGUAGGACAACCUUACAUAUUGCUGUAAAACACGCCGCCGUGGAAGGUGUAAAGAUACUGUUGAAAUACGGCGCGGAUAUAGAUAACGUAGAUGAGAAAGGUAUCACACCACUAAAUUAUGUUUGUGGUGAUAAAGAAGUAUCGGCAGAGGAUCGUACGGAAAUAGUACGGAUUCUAAUCGAAGCCGGGGCUAAUCCCAAUUGUAGAGACUUUAUGGAAGGUAGAACGGCGCUUCAGAGGGCGAUGAUUACAGGUAAUGUAGAAGUCGUCGAGAUGCUCCUGGCCGCUGGUUCUCAAGUUAAUACGUUAGAUAGUUGUGGACGCUGUCCUGUAACCAAUAUAUUGUUGUAUCAUAGGAGACCAGGUGAUUCCGUUGACGUUGCUGACGACGUCAUGAUUAUCAUUAUAAUGUUGAUACAGGCAGGGGCAGAUCUCAAUAUCAGCAAAUGUGAGCAUAGUAAUGCUUUAUGUAUGGCCACAAUGUACCAGUGCACGAACCUCGUUCAAUAUUUACUCUAUAAUGGUGCUGAUCAAAACGUUCAAUUCUAUUGCGGUGUGACACCUCUUCAAAUAGCGACAAGGAAAAAAGAUCUGAAUACGGCAAAGGUUUUGUUAAACUGGAAAAGUGACUUGUACAGAAAAGGACGUGUGAAACGGGGAGAACUUGAUUAUCAAACGGAUGUGUUCCAUCUUGCCAUAGACAUUGGCGCUUUUGAAAUUGCCAUGUUGUUAGUUGAAAUCGGAUACGAUUUGUCACGAGUAGACUAUUUAACAGACUGGUCUAUUUGUCCACCGGAUACGUUAGUCGGAAACCAGUCUAUGUUAGAGUAUUUCCGCCAAGGCGCCAUGUUGGUUCAGAGCUUGUUUCGGUUGGCAAUUUUUGCAAUUAGGGACACUUUGAGCGGACACACAACAGAGAAGGCGACAUUAUUACCUCUCCCUAAGCAAUUGAUAAAAGCAGUUCAGCUAGAAGAUGAACUUACAUAGCAGAAUGUGCUGUGAAAUUGGGAGAUACCAAUUUUUAUCUUCUUGUUAAUGCUAAUUGUCUUUUUAGUCCCCUACCGGUUUACCGGAGGGGACUUUAGGUUUACCCUCCGUCCGUCUGUCCGUCUGUCCGUCCGUCAGUCCGUCCGUCUGUCCGUCCGUCAGUCCGUCCGUCCACAAAACUGGAUCCCGCGAUAACGCAAAAAGUACUGAAAAUAUUUUAAUGAAACUUGAUAUAUGGAUAGAUGGCAGUAUGGAGAUUAUGCACGUCUUUUUCUUUUCGUCCUAUGUUGAAAAUUCUGGUUGCUAUGGCAACAAAUAGACUGAAAAUAUGGCAAAUUUUACACAUAACCUGGAUCCCGCGAUAACGCAAAAAGUACUGAAAAUAUUUUUAUGAAUUUGUUGUAUGGAUAGAUGGCAUUAUGGAGAUUAUGCACGUCUUUUUCUUUUCUUCCUAUGUUGAAUAUUCUGGUUGCUAUGGCAACAAAUAGACUGAAAAUAUGGCAAAUUUUACACAUAACCUGGAUCCAGUGAUAACACAAAAAGUACUGAAAAUAUGUUUAUGAAACUUGACAUAUGGGUAGAUGGCAGUAUGGAAAUUAUGCACAUCCUUUUCUUAUCUUCCUAUGUUGAAAAUUCUGGUUGCUAUGGCAACAAAUAGACUGAAUUUCAAGAUUUCUGAUUCUAGUUUUUAAGUUUUUUCACUAUAAGUUCUUUAUUUCUUAAGGUAUUUUCUUCAAACUUUAAAUAUAAGUUGCUUGUCAUCAACCACAUCAUAUGUGACAAGGUUUACAACUCUAGCACAAAGUUUAUCAGAAUUACCUCCCUUGAACUUAAAAUUUUCAUGAAAAAAACUCUUUUUUUUUUUAAUAACUUCUUUUUCUGAAUGUAUCUACUUCAAACUUCAUAUAAAUGUUUCAUAUUAUCACUCAACAUUAAAUUUUGUGAGUGUUCAAUACUCUAGCAAGACUAUUUCUAGAAUUAUGCCCCUUUUGAACUUAGACUUUUUUUUGAGAAAUUGGUAAUUUUUACUCCAACUUCUUCAAUCAUGAUAGGAUUUUAAAAAUGUUAUAUUUUGAUAACAGGGAUGUUUAAAAAAUAACUUUAGAGUGUCUUUCAGUCCGUCUGUCUGUACAUAAAAACUGUUUCCUGUGAUCACUUUUAAAGAACUUUUUCAACAAAUUUACUUAAAAUAGGAACCUAAGUGAAUGGCCCUUCAAAAUGUUGCUUGGGCUCUUACCGGUAGGGGACUUAUGGAUUGCUUGCAAUACUAUGAUAAUUGCUUGUUUAUACAGUAGAAUAAAUAGAGCUGCUGCCCACGAACUGGGACAUAAACUACCACGGUUCAUUUUAAGUUCCACCAUCGAAUGAUAAAGAACAUGGUAUUUCAUAAAGCAAAGUGUGAUUUUUUUAAGUAUCAGAAAUUAUAACAUAUCAGAGAAAUAUAAAAGUAUUUUUGCGGUAAUAAAAAAUAUUAAUCAAUAUAUUAUUUAAAUAUAUCAAUCAUUUUAAAUACUCAUUAACAUAUGUGCUAUGUCCCUUUACGACAUUAUCUGGGAUACUCAGGUAUAUUACAUAAUGAAUUUAUAACUACUAGCUUGAUCUAUGAUAGCAUUUUAGUUCAAGAAAAUUAAAUGAUAAGUUAAGAAAAUUAAGUGAUGAACAUUGGCUCAUUUUUAUUUCUAUAUUGUGAACAGGCUUUCAUUACAUCAUGCAUCGUUUUUAACCAUUUGAAUAAUACUCAAAACAUUUUUAUACUGAUAAUAAAGGGCUUUCAGUUAGUUUAAUUU